AUUGCCUUGGGAUAGAGACUGGUUCUAUUCUGCAUUUGCAUUGCGCAUCCUUCCCGCUUCGGUGAUUGUCAUCAUUCGGGCCCACAAGCCUUGACUUGACUUCUUUAUUAUCAUCUUGAAGUGGCAUUUGCUCGUAUCGAUGCUUCUUUGACCCUCUCCAAGUUUCACUUGCCCGUAUGAGCCCUUAUCUGUGUUAAACCACCACUACCCGCUCAUACAACUACACCCCCUCAUCCCUCCUCACCAUCAGCUUGGGAUUGGGAAACCCUCUCUGAUCGCCUUCCUUCUUAUCAAAACCAACUUCUCCCUCUCUUAAUCAUGUCGGCCCCAUUGGUCAAAGUCUUGCAUCGAAUGCAAGAACUCUUUACGAACAUAGUUGCCGCCUUGGAGGCUAUGCUAUUGUUCCCUUCCCUCUUCCGCGACCCCUCCCGUAAGCGGCGGAAGCCUUUCCAUGGAGCGUAUUGGGGACGUCGCUCUCUUGAUACGUUUGCUGAUGAGGUGGAUCGUCUGUUCACGGCACCUUUGUCUGUGCAGAACAUGGUCGCCAUGUCAGACAAGAUCCGUGCGCAGUUCAAGUCUUGUCUACAAUCUAGCCCCGUCUGCAUGCUACCUUCUUACAACCAUGCCCUGCCCACCGGAACAGAGACGGGAACGUUCCUCGCACUGGAUGUCGGUGGCUCAACGCUGCGGGUAGCAUUGGUUGAACUACGUGGGCAGGGAGACAUGCGCAUCCUUCACGUCUCGUCGUCGUACAUUGACGAAGAUGUCAAGUUGCUGGAGGGCACUCUCUUCUUUGAUUGGAUGGCGGAGAAGAUCGACUCGAUGCUACGCGAAGUGGGCACCAACUAUGGACGAGAGGCCGUGCCACUGUCGAUGGGAUUAUCGUGGUCGUUCCCCAUUGAACAAACGUCCAACAGUAGUGGUCUCGUUAUCCAUAUGGGCAAAGGAUUUCACUGUUCAAAUGGCACCGUUGGGCAAGAGCUGGGUGAUCUUAUCGUUCAGUCUUGUCGGAAGCGAGACCUCAAUGUCCAGGUGGAUGGGAUCGUGAACGACAGCUCCGCGACACUCCUCUCACGCGCCUACAUCGAACCCAAGACACGCAUGUCGCUUAUUCUAGGAACUGGAACUAAUGUGGCGAUCCACUUUCCAGUUCAUGAGAUUGGACUGACCAAGUUCGGUACGAGACCGCCAGGUUGGUUUGACUACGCCAAGCACGUUAUUGUCAACAGCGAAAUGAGCAUGUUCGGCGGCAGCAUCCUCCCCAAGACUCGCUGGGAUGAGGUUUUGAACCGGACACACCUCCGGCCGGACUACCAACCUCUGGAGUAUAUGAUCACUGGGCGUUAUCUGGGAGAGAUCAUCCGUCUCAUCAUUGUUGAAGCGGUGGAAUCUGCCAAGCUCUUCGGCGGGGAGUUGCCUCAUUCGAUGCGCGAUGCGUACUCAUUCGACACCAGUAUCGUUGCAGCGCUGGAAGCUGAUACAACCCCGCUUCUCUCAUCGUCUGCGGCGCUUCUACAGAAGGAACAUACAUUUACCGUGUCACCGUCUGUCGAGGAUUUGCGCUUCCUCCGACGAGUCUGCCAGGUCGUCUCUAAGCGAGCAGCAGGAUAUCUGGCAACGGCAAUCCACAGCAUGUGGUGCCUGCGGAAUGAGGCAGAAUUUCCCGCGACGGCCCCUCCUUCGAUCAAGGAAACUCAAGAGGUGACCGUGAUAGAAAGCGAAGAGAAUCACCGGAGUCUGUCAAUCGCAUGCGACGGCAGUGUCAUCAACAAAUACCCUGGGUUCCGGGACCGUUGCCAGGGUUAUUUAAAUGACCUUGUAAAGGAGACGAACGCAUCGCGGCCAUUGUCGGACACCACCACGGAACCUCAGGUGUGCCUGGACCCGGCACCUGAAAGCGCUAUAUUGGGAGCGGCCGUAGCAGUGGCUGUCGCCGUUGCGGAGAAGAAGCUCGAGUAGACUACGUUAUCCAGCAUUCCCUUGUCUCUCAUCUGAACUUCAUACCUAUCUCUAUAUUUGAUCCAUCAGCCCAUCGGCUACAUUCGCAUUCCGAGGUGUUGUGCGGC